AUGACUCCCGAAGAAACAACAACACAACCAUCCAAUCAAGUCAUUUAUCAAGAUCUUCCAAAGAAGCACAAAUUUAAGGGAGAAACUAAACAACAUCAACAACCAUCACCGAUCAACCAUAAUUCGACAUCUCCUGGUUCUUCUUUUAUUGGUAACAUGUCAGCAAACACUUCCACUACUCAGGAUAAUUCCCAAAUUGGAAAUAUUCAAAACACAAAUGCUGCCACCACGUCUGGUGUUACUUCUAUGAUUAAACCUGAAGAUCUUAACACCAUGGUAGAUGAAUUGGAUUACUUGAUUGGAAGUGCUCCAACUGCUUCUUCAACAAGAGGAAAAGCUGCCAUGCAACUUGGAAAUCAAAUUGGUCAUGCUGUUUCUUCUCAACAACCACUCAUAUCUGCAGCAGCAUCAUCGAAUGAAGGUGAUGAUUUGUAUUUAGUGGUGAAUACUCUCAAAUCGGAUUAUGAUACUGAGACACUCAAAUAUGAAUACGAGUACUUCCCAAAGGAUAUUGUCAGGAACUUUACAUUGACCUUACAACGAAUGCUUCUCAAAACCAUUCAACACAUUGCAGCUAAGAAUAAUCUGACCAAUACAGAUCCUGUCUUGAAGAGAGGAAAAACCAUCACUGAUGAACAUCGAAAAGAGUUUUUAAUUUUUGAACUUGGAAAGAAGGCUGUGAAUGUUAGUGUGAAACAUUUCUUAACAGAACUCGAUCGAGAAGAUAUGAGAACUGCAUUGAAGGAUUUACUUCAUUAUGAUGGAGCAGUUCCUAAAACUGUUCAUACAUUGAAAAAAUCUGGUUUGAGAGCAAACUUUAAAUUACUUUUCGAAAAACUGAAUGCAGAGACCUUACUUGAUAAUCUUCAAGAUUCCACACUCAUACUCUUUUUACAGGCAUUGGAAAUUGAAGAAUUUGACACAACACAUUCGAACUUGGUGGAUGCCAUUCUCGAAGAAAUAUUUCUCUAUGGCGCUAAGGAAGUUUUAUGCAAAUGUAAAAAGAGUGUUCUCAAAGAAGCAGCAGAAGCUUCACAAUACGAUCAAAAGAAACAACUGAAAGAUUUAAUGGUGAGACUGAAAAAGAAGAAACCUCAUUUCUUUGAAUCUAGUUCCAAAUCAAAGAAAUCAACAGCGGAUAUUCCUUCAGAUGAUGAAUAUGCAAGUCCUUCACCAUCCUUUAGCUCUCCAAUUGGAUCAUCCUAUGAUGGAGAUUUGAGUUCUCCAAAUGCUAAGAGUUACAAAAAGAGAGGACGAAAGAGAGUCAUUAACACUGAGGGGGAGAGACCUCAAAUUGAAAAAGGAAUUACCUUUGAAGAUCUAAGAGACAAGUAUUUAGUUCAAGAAUUAAUUGCCUUUGCUCAAUCGAAAGGCAUUAAAUAUGUCGGUGUGAAAAAGAAUGAUCUCUGUAACAGUAUUCUCAAAUAUUUGAAUGGUGAAAUGAUUCUCUCUGGACAAAAGAGAGCUGGAGCUGCUACUGAGGAAGAUGAAGAUGCCAUGAUGGUUGGUGCUAGUUCAAUACUUGCUCAUGGAGGAGAAGCUUCUAUGGAACAUGAAGAGGAUGAUGAAGAAGGUGUUGAUCAUGAAUAA